CGACGGUGAGCAGGAUCUAAGGAGGAAUAUAAAUAAUAAAUAAUAAAUAGUAAUAAAAUAAAAGAACAGAUUUAAGAGAAAAAAAUUAUAAACGCAAUUAAAAAACAUUGAAGAACAAAAUAAAAAAACAGUUAACGAAUAUAGCUGUAAAAAUCUAAUGAAUUGGAAAGGAAGUGAUCUCCAAAGUCUGAGCCCGUGAUUUGUGAUUUGUGUUGGUGUUUUUUGAAAAAUACAAGGAUAUAGGAUGGAGCAUGACAGCUUCGACGACCACAUUUUUGGGGACUUUGGCAGCGGUCCAUUAAACCCUCUAGGCGCCAAGCCACUCCUGCCUACCUCGACUGCUAUGCAUCCCGUGAUGCUGGGCAGUGUCCACGAGUUGUGCAGCCAGCAACAGCAGCCCCCGCAGCAACAGAGAUUGCCCGACUGCAACACAAUUCUGCCGAACGGAGGGGGAGGAGCAAGUGGUGGUUCUGGUCCCGGAGGAUCUCCCAACUAUGUGCCCAAGCUAGACUAUGUUAAGAUUGGCUGUUACUCACCGACCCAGAAGUUCGAGUACAUCACUGCCCCUCAGAAAAUCGUGGAGCAGCAAAAUCAGCAACAACAUCACCUGCACUAUGCGGCUACUCCUCCGCCCAGCCAUAACGGCAUUAUGAUCCACAAACAGCCCUCCCAACAACAGCAGCAACUGGUGGGAAUCCUUGACUAUCAUCCGAUGAAUGGCAAACUUGACUACUCGCCCAAGGAUCAGUACGAGCCACAGCAGCAGUUGCAACACCUCUACGGUGGCAGCCCACAUCACCUAGAUCAUCUGGAUCAGCACGGGACCGACGCUCUGCUCCAGGACUCCUCUCCAGUGAUGCUCAACGGAGGUUCAUCGGUUGGAAAACUGAAAAAGCCCGAUGAAAUCUGCGGACAAAUGGAGGCCGGUGGCCCUGUCGCCACUGCGACCACCAGCUCCUCGACGGUCAAUGGUGGUGCAGGAACACCCAACGGCACUUCAACCAGCUCCACAGGAGUUCAGGGGGCAGCAGGCGCAGCAGGAGGUGUGACAUCCGCUGCGCCGAAAAAGGAGAGCAGCAGCAGUAAAAAGAAAGGCGAUCCCAAUGGCAUUAAAAAAAAGAAAACGAGGACAACCUUUACUGCCUAUCAGCUGGAGGAACUGGAACGCGCCUUCGAGCGUGCACCGUAUCCGGAUGUUUUUGCACGCGAAGAACUGGCCAUCAAGUUGAACCUAAGCGAAUCCAGGGUGCAAGUGUGGUUCCAAAACCGACGCGCCAAAUGGCGAAAGCACGAACCGCCACGAAAAACGGGCUACAUCAAGACGAGCACUCCGCCCACGGCAAAUCUCAAUCCCGGAACCCUGGCCCCUCCAUUUACCAGCUACCCGCAGACGACUACAGUGACGCCCCCGGGCAGUAUGGAUAGCUGGACCAGCUACCAGACACCUUACGAAUUGACAACACAGUUCAGUUUGCUUUCCCCGGCGGCCAGUCCUUACGGCACCUAUUCCGGCCAGUAUGGUGCUUAUGUGCAUGAGAGUCAGAUGUUCCCAAUGCGGCACUUUGAUUACGGGAGCCCGCCGCGCAUGGAGAUGGGAACUGCAUCCGGAUCGGUACCAGGGGGAGGCGAAGACGUGGUGGCCAAUGGAACAAGCUACCAGCCGGCGGAACUUCAGGCCGCUCAGCAUCCACAGCAACAACAAUUGGCAGAUAGCACCCUGGUCACAGUCCAUACCCACCAGCAGCAGCAAUCCCACCAGUCCCAGCAGCAACUAAACGGGAAGUACCUGAGCGCAGAGGAAACAAAAUACGUACACCUUCAAUGCCACCAAAGUGGAUCAGGUCUAGAGUUGAGUCCUAGUUCAAACUGUCACCUAGUAGAGUCUCAAGGUCAGCACUAUGUGACAAGUGCUCCAGGCGGAUCCUCUAGCGGCGGAGGUGGAGGAGGUACCAGCAGCGAUGACAACGACAGCGGUGGCAUGCAGGCUGUGAUCAAAAGUGAGAAUGCCGCCCAGCAGCAGCAGGCGCAGACCUUUGCCCUGCCGCCUUUUUUGCACUAAGGGAAAUGCUCACACAUAGACGACAACAGCAGAACAGCAGCAACCGCCGCUGGACCACGUCCAUCAUGCCAAGCGCCCGAUUCAGGCGUCCAUUUUAAGAGUGCGUGGGGUGUGCAGCAUUUCGAACCUUGUAUCUUCGGCUGGCUGUGGGGCCGUGUGGACCUCAAAAAAGAGCCAGGCAUUUAAAGAUUGUCUUCAAAGCAAAAUCGUAUUUAUAGUCUCGAAUUUAACGGUAACAUUUUAUAUUUUCGAUAGCCAAUUAAUGUAUCAUGUGUAAUUUUUGAUAUUUAAGCCCGACUGAGUUCCACAAUCCAGAAGCUUUUGGGACUUUGCAGAUCUGCUAUACAGAUAAAGUCCCUGGCCAUUGUUUUCAUAUUGCCAUAGGUUCCUUUUAGAUUUAUUUUCGCAAGUUGCAACAACAGAAUCGAUAAGUCUUGCCAAAACUUAACGUAUAUUCUAGUUUUAAGUAUAGAUUAGCAAAGGCUAGAGCUUCUAAAACAUACAUACAUAAGUACACAUGUAGAGCCCAGUCUAAAUGCAUUCGAAAUGUGCCUUACCCGUUUGAUAAAGGGUGGAUUUCCCGCAAAGACCCCCGAAUCCAAACUUACUUCUAGUAUAUCCAGACAUAAUUUUAAAUACUGUUGUUUAGACAAUAAAACUUGCUGUAUUGUAUAUUAGCUCAUUUGGCAUUACAAAGUUAUUACAUACUAAUCUAUCCACUUUGUAUAUUCGUUAAAAAAUUUGUUGUACCUACAAUUAAAUUAGUUUAAAUUACGUUAUUGUAUCAUACUCUAGGACAUUUUGCCAAUGUAUAUAAUAGACAUAUGAAUAAAUCUUAUUUUGUACCAA